CCCAGUAAGAGGGUAGCAAUCACAUUUCACAACAUGGCGGCAGGCUGAAGAAAGCCCGAGCUGUUCUCGGUUUAAAAGUGUGAUUUUCUACGUGAUUAACCCAUAAAUUCUGACCAAAUACAACUCCAAUCAACCAAGGAUAUCCUCCAGAAUACAGCAAGACUUUAAAGUUACGCCCCUAGCUGCUAGCGCCAAGCCGCAAUUCUUACUGUCGCCUAUGAUCUGUGUUACACCAAGCAAGAACUGAACUGCUAUAAGAGAAGAAACAGCAAAUCUUCACAAGACAAAUGAAUGCUACAAUGAUUGACUCUUUGAGGAGACCUCAGGCAUCAGCUGUUUGUGUGCACACAAAGUGAACUUCACACUGGAGUAAAACAAACAAGGAUGGGAACGACAGAACCUAUCCACGGGGUACUGGACGAUGGAGGGGAGAACACAGUGUUGGUCAGGGUGGCCAUACCUGACAGGCACAUACAGAAGUGCUUCCGUUUCCGGACUGACGACACAGUGUGGGCGGCCAAGCAGAUGGUCCUGACCCAGUUAGAUAGGAGGGAAAUGGCCCUUCAUGAUGGCGUGAACUACGGGUUCUUCCUGCCGCCGGAGAAUGGGCGCGCGGGAAAGUUUCUGGACGAGGGAAGACUGUUUGAUGAGUAUCCGCUAAAGGGACCCAUUGGUUACUUAGAGUUCAAGUACAAGCGGCGGGUGUACAUGGCCAUCGACAUUGACGAGAAGGGUCUGCAGAGGCUGCACACGCGGGCCAACCUGCGCCGCUUUCUGGAACACGUCCGAUCGCGAGCACUGGACAAAGUCUUCCGCCUGCUGAAGAAAGGGCUGGACCCCAAUUUUCACGAGCCCGAGAAGGGUGAAACUCCGCUGACGACAGCAGCCAUGUUGGAGGGGAGUACAGACAUGAUCGUGACCUUGGUGGAGGGCGGAGCGCACAAGGACUUCAGGGCAAAGGACGGCAUGACGCCUCUCCACAGGGCCGCUCGCAAGGGCAACUACAAGGCUCUCAAGUCCUUAUUGGAGCUCGGGUCAUCACCUGACUACAAGGACGCCCGCAACCUGACCAGCCUGUACCAUUGCUGCAUGAUGGGGGGGAACCCAACGUGCUGUGAGAUCUUGUUACAUAACCAUGCCGACCCCCACGUGGCAGAUGAGCAGGGCUGGCAACCUAUGCAUCAGGCCUGUCGUCAUGGCCAUGUGCAGCACCUGGAACACCUGCUGUUCUACGGAGCUGACCACACCGCACAGAACGCCUCCGGAAACACGCCGCUACACGUCUGUGCACUGUACAACCAGGAACCUUGUACCCGAGUCCUGUUGUUUCGAGGGGCCAGAAGAGACAUAAAGAACUACUCCAACCAAACACCAUUCCAGGUUGCUGCAGUAGCAGGUAACUUUGACCUUGGAGAAAUCAUCAAAAAGCAUGAAUGUCAGGAUGUUGAUUUGCUGCCAACAUCCCCUGUAGAAGUACAAUUCAGGGAGGCUCCAAAGUACAACAACCGGCGGCGGGCGUCCGUAGCGUUGUCCAAGCACCUGGGAAUCCUGCAUCGCACGAGAAGUUGCGGGACCCUGGACCUCUCAAACCUCCGCUCCCUCUCCCCCUCCCCCUCCAUGACCAGCCUACAGAGCCUGGGCACCCUGUCCUUACAGUCCUCACUGAACAUGGCACCACAUUCCCAACACCAUCACUCGAAUGGUACUCCUGCCAUGUCUGUUUCAUCCACUAAUUCGUCGCCGGCGAAUUCGCAGCCGUCUACCCCGACACCAGGGAGCCCCGUCACAAACAGAAGUGCAACUCUGAACAGAGAGGAUCUAGAGAACGUGAAGAAGAGGAUGUACACAGCCCUGCCAGGGCGACAGUUUGUGGCCGUGAAGAAAUACGUUCCUCGUGAGGUGGGAGAGUUGGCGCUGGCAAAGGGUGACAAAGUCACAGUACUGGGCAUCGGUGAGCAAGGCUUCUGGGAAGGACGUGUCGGAUCAAAUGAAGGCUGGUUUCCUUCGGACUGUGUGGAGGAACUGUCCAACAAACCCACCACAGUGAGGAAAGUCAAAAGGAGAGCAGAGUACCAAGGGUCGUUGGGAAGAUAUCGAAGGCUCUCGUCUCACAGUGUCGCAAACGAGUACUUGUACUACCGAGACACGGUACGCCAAAUGAAAAGAGACGACCCUCCCCGAACUGCGAGUCCUAUAAAAGCCUUCACUAUUGGUCGGAGUAGUGGGCUGAGGAUCAGUGAGACAAGAAGCAUGGAAGAAGAAGAAGAGAUGAAGAAGUUGCAAGGAAAUCCCCCAAAGAAGGAAACUUUAGCCCCUAAUACCUUAAGAAACAUGGAAAGGAAUGUACAUGUGCAAGGUAGCCACAUGCAAAGGGAAAGAGCUUCUACAGUGAGCAGGGCCUCAGGAUUGAGGAUGACUGAGUUUACUGUAUCCAGUAAUACUGAAGCUGGGGUGAAGGCACUGAGGGAGCAAAGGAUGCACAGGGCUAAAACUGCACCUGUCUUACCCUUGGAGAACAGUUACAACAAACCCAGGACUGCUGUCUUGAAAAGGGACCAGCAUGGAUUCGGCUUUGUGCUGAGAGGUGCAAAAACCCCAAGGGAUGGGGACGAGGCCCUGAACCCGAACGUGCCUUUCACCCCGACACUAGCCCACCCUGCCCUGCAGUACAUGGAGAGUAUCGAUCCUAACAGCGUGGCUGAGAGGGCGGGGCUGAAAAAGGGAGACUUCCUACUCCAGAUCAAUGGCGAGGACGUUCGUCGCUUCACGCACGCCCAAGUGGUGGAGCUGAUCCGUGAGUCGCGGGACGUGGUGGUGAUGACGGUUGUGACCGUGGACCCACAGCUGCGAGCGGCGCUGCAGCGACAGAAGGACGCUCAGAAGAGGAUCAGCAUCGCGGUCAGCUCACCGCGAGACCAGGACGAAAUUGUGGAUCUGAGAAGAGAGGAUACCAUUGCCAAGGAAUUUCUAGGGAGCCCUGACGGUGGCGGACGAAACGGCGGCGGGGAAAAGUCGCCGAACGUGACGAAAGCGAGGGCCUCGUCCAUGGUGGCGGAGAUGACAAUCGACGACAAAGAUCUGGAGAACUUGCAGUCACAGCUGGCACGGAGGGGUUCGCUAAACAACAUGGAGGGAACGCGCACGGCCACGCUGCGAUCACGACCUUCCAGCAAGAGAGUGACCACGGCAGAGCUAGAAGACUUAUUCCAACGCCAAGACUCGGACUACCAGUCCCCAAGAGCACUAGGUAUCCAGCCUAGUGACCCAGCCUCAGAAUACCAGUGUCCGCGGACCAUGGGAGGGGGAAAGCCAGUGCCAGUGCCGACCGUACCCCGGGGAAAAGCAGUACCAGUGCCGGUGGUCCCCAAAGUCUCGAUGCCCCCUCUGCCUCCCAAACAGAGGCCACAGAGUGCGCGAGAGAAGAUAGCAACACCCCGGGCGGCCCCAGAGGUUGAAGACACCACAGUUGGAAACAUUGUCGUGGAGAAAAUAAGAAAGGACUCGAUAAGUUCUAGUACCACAGACUCGAAUAGUUUGUCAAAUGCUUCAGAUUCUGCACCAACUACCCCAACCACACCGAAUUAUAGCGAGAUCACGGUGUCAUUUGACUCUUCGGUACGUAGAAAAGUCAUUCCCCCUCCCAAACCGUCACACCCACCACCCCCUCCACCACGUACCGUGUCGUCCUCAUUCCGAACAGAAGCGAUUGAAUCAAAAGCAACGACGCUGCCCGCGUCGUAUCAAGAUCCCAACCUGCACCAUCAAAUCAAGAUGGCGAUCUUGAACAGACAGGACAGUACGCAGAGUUUACACGUGCCGCAGGAACAGCGUCGGGUUCCCGACAUGAUGAGAAGUAAUUCUGUGGGUGGCAUCGAGCCCCAGGAAGUGGGGAACCAGAGAGCAGCAUUACAACGACGAGUCCAUUCGGUGACAUUCGAUGGCACGCAUCAGGUUAGAGAAAUCGACAUGUACGAUGAUGGACAGAACGAACGGUCGUACAGUACAGGCGGAUAUCAGACACCGAAUGUAAAUGCAGGUGACAGACAUUUAGGGCAGGGGAAAAGUCAGGUAGAGAGCAGGCCGAUUGUACGGAGAGAUGUCAGCAGGACUGAGCGCGUGGAGCAGAGUCCCAGAACGAGGACCAAGAAAGAGAAUGUGAAAGCGACAGAACAUUUGAGAGAGAAGCUAGAGAGAUCGGAGCGUAGGGAGGAAACGGAAACUGAAUUGGACUCAGAAGAAGGAAAGACGGGAUUGGCGCUGGAGCUCGCCAGAGCAGUUAAGGCACGAAAGCAGAAAGAGAAGUCAAACGCGAGAGACCAAAGGCAAGAAGUAAAUGCAAGUCCUAAGCAGGCGGAACCAAUGAAGAAGAAGGAGAUAGCAAGUAAGCUUGAGGCUCAGUUACAGAGACAUACUAGUACGGAUGCACUGCCUCCAACACAGCCCAAGUCCAACAGCCCCUUGGUACAGAACAAAGUUGGUGCGUACAGAGCUCAGGUUGUCGUUAACCACUCCACUGACGAUCUCAGGAGAAGUCCUGGAGCUGCACAGCACCCUGAUUCGCCCAGAAGUCGCCAGCCUAUAUCUAUGUACGAGCAGGAGGGAUGCAGCCCUGACUCGAGUUCACCAUUAGCCAUUGCGCUUGCUGCAAGGGCUCGGUACGAGAGGUCUUCAAACGAACACUUGGAUCAGGUGGAGGGGGCCACCGGUGAUGCAGCAUACGAGGAAAGGGCAGCCCACCUAACGCCCAUACGGGACUGGUACUUUGAGAACGAAGAGUAUGUCGACAUGAGUCCAGACAUGAACUAUGACACAGACCUCGCACUUGCACUAGAGAAACGAAGGUCUGAGAUAGGCGAGCUGGAGGGUGUUCCUGCUUACAACGUUGGAAUCGAAGAGAAGAUCGAAAGACACCGCCAGGCAGCGACAAGAGGAGAGCAGUCCAACUCCAACGCAGCGCUGCUCCAAGCGAUGGCUGCUCGGAGGGCUCGCAUGGCUGGAGGUGAAACGGACAGUAAUGAUGAUCUGCCCUUGCCCUUUGACCUCCCUCCCCCUGUCAUGCCAGAAGAGUUACUGGCAGCAGCUGAGGGUUUGUCGUUUGACGAACCACUGCCCCCUCCGCCCGAGUUUUCUGAGAGCGAUCAGAAGACGAGCUAUUCUAGCCCAGCUCACAACACGCAUGCUUACUACACCUCAGAUUUGGGACUUACACCCCGAAUGGACACCGGAUGGAAAGGCGGGGGUACUCUGGCCCAGAGCGCAUUUAUGACAAACCGAUGCGGUACCCUCGAGACGAGGAACACAGCGUGGACUCGGGACACGCCGAAGGUUCUGGUGACACCGAUCCCAUGACUUUUGACCCCCAUUGUGAAACCAUUAGCACCAUCUCAACAGUGUCCUCAAUGUCGACCCUUUCGACGUUUUCCAGCGACAGUGGGUUUGAUCCCCACCCCACGCUUCGUACAAAACCCCCCACCCCACCCAAACCCCCUCAGCACAAGGUGGAGAAACGGCGUGUAUCCUUUGGGCCAAAACCAUCCUCCCCUCAUGACAGACCGUCCCAUGGGAAAAUGUCCAGCUUCUCUAGUGGGGGAUCGAGAGAAGCAACACCAACAAAUGAGUUAAAUCAGGACAAUAGAGGACACGGGUUCUAUCCAUCAGGUUUCCAUUCGGAGGCUUAAACUAAAGCACUACCCAACUGAUUUCCCUUUCCUAGGAAAAGAAGGAAACAAUUACCAUCUCUAGUCCCAAACAUAUCUUGUAGGUUGAAUGAAUUCAAUAGUAUACUUAAAAUCAUUGCAUCACUAUAAAGCCCCCCAAGUACAGAAGUGUUUUAAGAGACCUCUAUAUUAUUGAUACCUAAUUAUGUAAAUGUAUAUGGUCUUACAAGGCUUGAUUUUUUUCACUUAUAUCUGUUAACACUUUGCAAAUAACUGUACUAUAAAUAUGUAGCCAGAAGAGACUGUCACUGCCACAGGAAAUAAAGCUUAAUACUUUCUUACCACCUUGUUCUCAGCAAACUGUGACAAUUAGUGGCUAACAAAGCUCACGGCUUUAUGGUGUAACAGUCUAGCUACAGUUUUAUAUACCGUUCUUACGUGUAUGCAGGCAAUACAGGCUGCCACGCUUUCAAGAUGGCCUCCACCUGCUCGCUUACACUAUAUUGGGCAGACUCAGAAUGUGAUGCUAGGUUUCCUACUGAACAUCUGUGCCACAUAGACAGUUCUGAACCUGAUAACUGACAACUAUUAUUAAGUAUCAAGUUCAUCUUGAUAGCAAAAAGAGUUUCUAAGCUGUCCGGUCAUCUUUCAUCCUCACUGCAGAAAAGCUUGCAUCCAUCAGGCCUUCCUAUGGGAAUCUGGGAAUUGUAGAAUUCAGGAAAAAAAAUUGAGAAAUUGGCUUGGAAAGACAGUCCAUAAUACGGUUAGCGUUUCCCCUUCAGAGCAAAGCUUGUAUGGUAGAGACUAGCAAGAAGCAGAGAGGAUGAAAGAGACUCUGCACCUAUAGUAGCAUUGGACACUGUCAUUGUUGGCACAGAAAUGUAGGUGGCACAGAAUGUCUUCUGAACAUGGGUUUUUGUCCUAUGUUCCAGUUGGCCCUAGUUGCCAUGGUAACAUGGCCAGAGGCAGGUGGCAGCCAUCUUGAAAUACGAGAAUGCGGUGACAUUGAUGCCAGUUGAACUCCUGUACCAUUGUUAAUGGUUAGGACUUGCUAGUAUUGGUUAGAGAACAUUUCCAUGUAUAGGGCAGGGAUGUAUCUGAACAUAUCUUGCCAUACCAAAGAGUACUAGUACUAUAGCAGUAUCUCAAUUUAUAUUGUAAUCAGUGUCCAGCAUAUCGAUUGAAAUUGCUAAAAUGACAGUAUUUUGUUUGUACAUGUUUGAAAGAUUGGUUUACUUUAUCUCAUUUAUCUCAUUUUGCUUUAUAAAAAUCUUCAGAGUUAAGAAGUUGCAUGCCUACAAACUUCAUGUUGCAGACGACUUGCGGUACAUUUCAUAGUGUUUGUUGGUGUUCCACCCAGAUGUCAACUUCUAAAACUAUGCAGAAAUACUCAGAUGCAUGGUUGCUGUAGAGGUAGCAAACAGCAAAAGAAACGGUGUGUUACCUAAUUAUUUUCUAAAGCUCAACCACUCCUAAGAACCAGGAACACACUUGAAGAGCAUGUAUACUUGUCACUUUAUUGCAGAAGAAUCAUGGGAUGUAUAAUGAAUAUAGGAUGGCAAAGAACUGUCCAAUCAGAAAGGACUUUAGACUGGCCAAUCAGAGAUGGGCAAGGAUUAUUGGCCAAUCAGAGUGUAGUGGGUGCUUAUAGAUGGUGAAUAUGCAUAAUUAAGAGAAAGUGUAAACCUUUGUAUGGGAUAAAAUAGUACUAGUGCUGUGCACUUUGUCGUCAAAGGUGGCACAACUCAUUAACUUAAGAAAUGAAGAAAAAAUUAGAACAAUAAUUUGUACAAACAGAAGAACUUGAGACAGUUCAGAUAUGACAAUAAGACAGAAGUUUGUUUUUUCGUUAUACCUUGUACAUAGAUUCAACUCUAUUUAUCAACACUUUUGUUUGUUCUUGCUGAGACGAGUACCCCUACUUAACUCUUAAGUAAUGCAACUCAUGUGUCAUAUAAGACAUGCAUUUCUGUUAACAUUGUGAUAUAUGUGUAUGAUAAUUAUCCAUAUAGUGUAUUUUUCACAAAAAGUCAACUGAGGGUGUUUUGAACAGACAGCUCACAUGGAUUGUGCUUUUGUCCCAUUGUUUGUAUAUUAGGAGGAAUCUUUUUCCCAGCUCUGCCUAACACUACUAGAUGCAGUGUACAGAGGGUCUAUUUUACUGAAUAAAAGGAGUUGACUUGAA